GCAUAUACGAGUCAAUGGCUGUAAAUACGUCUAACAACUAUCUAUUACUAUUAUAAAAGUUCGCAUUAGUACACAUAUCAUAUAUCUAUAUAAUAUUUAUAUUAUUUUUUAAUGCCUAAAAAUAUACUCCUAAUAAUUUAUUAUAUAUACUCCAUCUGCUCAAUUAUAUAUGCUUAUUUUCCUUUUAACCCAUAUUUGAUUGACUGUUUUUAGAGAUUGAAAAGUGAUUCAAUUAAUUGAAUUCAUUACUUGUUAAUUAUUUGGUUUGAGUUAUCAGUUAACUAUUAUCCUUACUUGAGAGUGAUCCAAUAACCUGCGUUCAUUUAUUGUAUCGUGUUGACUAAUUACAUGUUAUAUUUACUCUAAAAGUUGAGGUGAUGCUACAAAAACUUGCGUGCAAGUGCAAGUAUGCUCCAAUACAGUUCAUCACUUCCAAAUUAAAUCGUUCUACAUCUUCCAUCCUUACUCAUCAACACCAAAUUGUUACUUUGAGAUCUUCAAAUCUUCCUUCUCAAAACAGUGAAAAUAAGAGAUGGCUUACGCAGUUCUGCUUUCACUAACCCAAACAAUCACCCAAAUCCUGAGGCACGACGACCACCCCAUCUCCGUCAACGGCAAACAACAGAUGGAAAAGCUCCGCGAACAAGCCAUCCACCUCCAAGGAUUCCUCAAAAUGUUCCCCAAGGAAUCCCUGAGUUUGGAAACAAGAAUCAGAGACACCGCGAAUCAAGCAGAAGACGUGAUGGAGCAUUUCAUGUACGAGCACACCCGGUCGAGCCUCAAAGCGAAGAGAUUGGAAGAGGUCGGACGAGCCGUGAGGCGUACGGAGGAUAUCGAGUAUGAUUUCCGCGAGCUGGAAUAUGUGACGAACGAGAUUAACUCCAUCGCCGAACAGGCAGCGGCCAUCGAGAAAGAAGCCGGAGGCCGUCCAGCGACGCAGCCUCUGGCGGCCAGCUCGGCGCCGAAGCCAGCGCCGGUCAUCGACACCGUCACCAUCGGCCUCGAGAAGAAAGUGGAGGAUAUAAAAGGGUUGCUCUGCAAGGGGCAACCCGAACGCCAGGUCAUCCCGAUCACGGGGAUGGGGGGCAUUGGGAAGACCACGCUCGCCAGGGUGCUUUACAACCAUGACGAGGUGACAAGGGCGUUUCCGCUUCGCGCUUGGAUUGCUGUGUCACAGAAUUACAAACCUGAAAACAUCUUUGCGGAUCUGCUGUUUUCGUUGGAAAAUAAAAACACGAAAGCACUUGUGCAAGAUGGCGACACAACGGAAGACAAACUCCACAAGAUCUUGACGACAAUGAAGUACCUUAUUGUAUUGGAUGAUCUGUGGAGUGAGAAGGCUUGGGACGACAUCAAGAAAGUAUUUGGCAACCCUCGUAAGCGUGAUGGAAGUCGAAUCGUGAUAACCACAAGGAAUGAGAAAGUGGCCUCUCAUGCCGACUCUACGAGCCGUCUUCAGAAGAUGGAUCUCAUGGAUGAGGCCAAUAGUUGGGCUCUGCUCAAGCACAAGGUGUUUCCAAAAGAAGAGUUCCCAUCCGAUUUGGAGGCCAUCGGAAAGGAUGUUUCCAAGAACUGUGGAGGAUUGCCCCUUGCAAUUGUGCUUAUUGCAGGUAUCUUGUUCAACGUGGACAAGACUCGGACUGCGUGGGAGGAAAUUGCGAAAGACGUCCGUGCUGCUGUUGAAGGAAAAGAGGAGUUCGGGAAGAGAAUCUCCUUGAGUUACACCCACUUGCCUCUUAAUUUGAGGCCUUCUUUCUUAUACAUGGGUGGUUUCCCAGAAGAUCACGAGAUUCGAAUCUCCAAGCUUAUGAAGCUGUGGAUAGCUGAAGGAUUCGUUAAAAAUGAAGUGGAGGCUGAAGAGUAUCUGAACAAUCUUGUGACGAGGAAUCUGCCAACCGUCACCACCAGCAAGUCCGACGGAAAAUUUAAAAGCUGCAAUGUCCAUGAUCUGGUGCGUGACAUGAGCAAAAGGAAUGCUCUAGAUGAGAACUACGAGCGGCGGCUGAGCAUCGCUCAUCGUGAUCUAACGCGCCUGGCUAGAUCUUACGCCUCAACAAUCCGUACUGUUUUGAGCUUCCAGCCCAAUGAGAGCUCAUUGAGCGGCCUGCGAAAGUUCAAGCUGUUGAGGGUGUUGGAUGUGGUGGAUACCGAUGCCUACUCGCUCCCGGCUCCCGUGUUUGAGCUCUUUCAUCUGAGGUACCUAGCCUUCGGCUGCCCCAUGGAGGUGCCGUAUGCCAUAUCCAGGCUUCAGAACCUUCGUGCUCUGAUCAUCCGUCCCAGCAAGAGGCUGAGGCACCACUCAACGGAUGAGGUGUAUCUACCUCUGGAGAUCUGGACGCUGCCGCUUCUGAAGCAUCUUGUCUCCUUUUUUGAUCUUCUACCAAAUCCAGAAGAAGCAGCUUCUGCUCUAAAAGAGCUGGCGACGCUGAUUGUGGUGAAGAAGCUGAUAUGUACAGAAGAGAUGAUGAAGAUGAUUUCCAAUGUGAAGAAGCUGGGAAUCACUUAUUUUGGAGAUAGAUACAAAGAAGACUAUCAGCUCCAGAAUCUUGUUCUUCUGCAGAAUCUUGAGAAGCUGACAUUAAUUGUGAACAAAGAGUCUCCUCUUGAUCAGCAGAAAGCUAAGCCUGUUUUCCCAAAGACGUUGAGAAAGUUAACCUUGAGCGGCUGGCGAUUCCCCUGGAGAUAUAUGAAAGCUGUUGCCUCUCUGCCCCAUCUUCAAGUGCUCAAAUUGAAAGAUCAUGCCUGCGAAGGCGACAAGUGGGACAUUGAUGAAAAGAUCGACGGCGAAGAGAGUGAUGAAGAGAGUGAUGGAGAGGCAGAUGUGUUUCCUGAACUCGAAUAUUUGCUAAUUGAAGAAUCUGAUUUAAAGGUGUGCGUGAUGAAAAAAGGCAACUUCCCAAAACUGAAGCGCCUAGUGUUCAAUGAUUGUGAUAAGCUGAGUAAGAUUCCAGAUGACGUUGGAAAUAUAGCAACACUUGGGCUGAUUGAGGUUGAUCGUGACAACACUUCUCUUGUGGCUUGUGUCCAAGGGAUCCGCGAGAAACAGAAAAAGGAAUAUGACAGGACACUAAAGAUUCGUGAAUUAUAAGGGCUGUUAAGGAAGUAUUGGGAUAAUUAAGCUUGAUUUGAUGAUCCAGAUUUGAAAUCAAGUGUUCUGGAGAAGCAUCACCCUUUGUGUUUUAUUUACUAAACUUUGAUUUACUUAUCUGUUUUUGAAAACCCUGUUUAUUCAGUAUCUUAUUUAUGUAUUUCUUGAUUCGGAUGCGUAUUUUAGUAGACAAAAAGCUUUGUUCUACAAACUCUGAAAAGUUCCAUUGUAAUCUGCAGACAUGCGUUGGAUUAAUUAAGUUACAUGGAGCACAACUUUGUUAUUA